AUGCCUUCAGCGAUCGGAAUUGCAGGAUUCCCGAGGUGGAUCGUGAUUGCUGGCGACUUUGAUAUGCCAGAUAUGCAAAUGGUAUCUGGCGAGUCUGCUGACCCCAAUGUUUGUUGUCGAGCGGCGGCCGUUCGAUGCAUGGCCGACGACACGUACCGUUGCUCCCUCGCGGCCAUCGUACAGUCUCUGCACGACUUCUCGCGAAUGUUUCACGAAUUCUUCUGCCUUUCUGGUCCUUUUCCUCCACUAUCAUUUCAUCGAUCGUCCGCUUCGGCUCUGAACAGUUCGCGCGACGGUUUCCCAUUGAUCGAUCGUACUUUUUUCUCGCUGGUGUGGUGGCAAACACGUGCGGUCGCGCCGCCAACGUUGGCGUCAAGGUGGUGGAAGCGCUCAUCCUGGUGUUCCUAA